AUUGUCGCCGAUGACGCGCAAAUGACAACAUCAGGUGAAAGGCGGCGCGUUUCGUUUCGGGAGUUCCAGUUCAGGGUUUGGUUCGGCCACGCGUCGACCAUUUCCGGGUGCCGGCGAACGCAGCCUCCCCCGACCUGCUCGGUCAUCGAUUGUUCGUCUCGGGAGCGGACGCCGCACCGGCGCCGAGCUCCUCCGAAUCUUCCGAAGGCGACGCGAAUGGCCAGCCACGACGACUCGUGUCCCUUUUGCCAGAUAGCCAAGGGCCAAAGUGACACCGAAAUCCUCCAGAGCGACGAGGAGCUGGUGUGCUUCCGGGACGUCAAGCCGGCUGCUGAGCAUCAUUACCUGGUCAUCCCCAGGACGUACAUUGGCAACUGCGACGAUCUGCGUGCGCAACACAUUCCCAUGGUGGAGCGAAUGGCCGAGAUGGGAAGGGGCGUGUUGGUGAAAAAUAAAGUGCGUGACCCGAAGGACAUCAGGCUGGGCUUCCACGUGCCUCCGUUUUGCUCCGUGCCGCACCUGCACCUGCACGCCCUGGCGCCGGCCAGCAAGAUGAGCGAACUAACGCAGCGGAAAUACGGCUCGGUGUCCCACUGGUUCAUCACGGUCGACGACGCGCUGACUCGGCUCAGGACGCGAGGCAGAAUCCGCUGACGUUCUGUCCCCUCUGGUGUCAUUGAAAUGGAAAUGCACACGUCGCGCUGAGCUCCAUUCGGGGGACGAUUUCUGGAAAAGACAAGUUCGCAAAGUCAUUUGAACGGCACGACUGUUAUAUAAAUGUGUGCUCAAUGGAUGUUGGGUUUUUUUUUUUUAGAUGUUAUAUAGCAGGUGGCAGCCCACAGCUGCACUUUUGGGGAAUCCAUCGGCUGUAAAUGUAAGCUUAUAUUAUUAAUGAUCAUUUUAUGUUCGAGCAUCAUAUUAUUUCAUGUUAAGAAUACCUAAAUUCUGUUGUUGAAUAAUUGCUUAGACAUGUUUUUAUGUUGAGCGGUUCUGAUUGGCUGUUGAAGUAAGAGAAGCAGGAAGUGACUUUAGUGACGAGAGUUGUGUUCUCGAACGUACUGCGGUGCAGACGUCCCCCCCCUUUUAAUAAAACUGCAUUUAAA